UACAACUAGUACGUAAAGUCAAUAUCACGGGUAAAAAGGCGGCGAAGAAGAAUACACCUUUCCAGCAUACCAUUUAGUAUUGUUAUUAAUAGUAUCUUAGUCAUAGCGGUAGUGUUAAUACUUUUAAAAUAAACCAUCCCGUUGAAUUGUUAUGGAGAAUGUUAGCAGCGCAAACACGCAGUUCGCCCUCGACUUCUUCCGGGAGGUGUGUGGGACCAGGGGCAACAUCUUCUUCUCCCCCCUGAGCAUCAGCGCCGCGUUUGCCAUGGUCUACCUGGGCGCUAAGGGGAACACCGCGGGUCAGAUGGCCAAGACUUUCAACAUGACCCCCGACCUCCACUCAGAUCUACAGAAGUUUAUUUCCGAUAUUGACAAACCUGAUGCCCCUUACCAGCUGACACUCGCCAACCGUCUCUAUGGCGAAAAGACCUUCAGCUUCCUGCAAGAGUUCUUGGACGCCACACGGAAGUUCUACCAAGCUGAACUGGAGCCAAUAGACUUCAUAGGUGCAGCAGAGGAAUCCUGCUGUCAAAUCAACCAGUGGGUGGAGGCCCAAACCAAUGGUAAAAUUAUGGACAUUUUGAAUCCAUCGGCAGUUGACAGCACAGCAACACUGGUUAUUGUCAAUGCCCUGUAUUUUAAGGGAGAAUGGCUACACAUGUUUGAUCGAUUUAAAACGAGGGAAAUGCCCUUUAAAAUCAAUGAGACAGAGACCAAGUCCAUUCAGAUGAUGUAUUUGCAGAAAGUAUUGCCAUUUAAGCAUAUUGAGGAGUAUGGCCUGCAGAUAGUGGAGAUGCCCUACAAGGGUGAUGAGCUGAGCAUGGUUAUCUUGCUCCCUGAGGAACCCCAGAAUGGCUCCACCCCCCUGCAGAAGCUGGAGAAAGAGCUGACCCUGGAGAAGAUAAACGAAUGGACAGACCGGAAGAAUAUGGACAGUGGUGGUUAUAUUGACUUGUACCUCCCAAAGUUCAAGCUGGAAGACAGUUAUGACCUGAAGGAAGCCCUGGCUCAUCUGGGAAUGACGGAUGCGUUUGAUGAGAAACUGGCAGAUCUGACUGGCAUAAACAGGGAGGGCGGCCUCUUCAUCUCCGCUGCUGUUCACAAGUCCUUCAUAGACGUGAACGAGGAGGGAACUGAGGCUGCAGCUGCCACGGGAAUCUUCAUUAUGAGCAAGAGAUUAAUUCAUGGGAAAUAUUUCAUGGCCGAUCACCCCUUCCUCUUCUUCAUCAGACACAACACGUCCAAGACAAUCCUCUUCUUUGGCCGAUUUUCCUCUCCAUGAGAUCCAUUUCCUAUUUACUUACUGCCAUAGUUGGUUUAUUGCUGGAAUAUUGGCUGUUUGAUAUGAUUUGUAUCACAUUUACAUAUAGCUGUUCUCCAAAGUCCAUAUUUUAUUAAGCUUCUAAUUUAAGGGGGCUUCUGCCAAAAAUAUCACUCCCAGUAUUCCCUGCUACUGUCACUAUAGAAAUAAUCUGUGUCUUGCCCGGCUCGUCCGCUCCUCGUGUGUGCCACGCCCCCUGCCUUCCCACGUGUAUUUCCCUGAUUGUACCCCGCUGUAUCUGAUUACUUUGAUUAGUCUUGUCUGGUUUUAAGUCCUGGUCUUACCUGUUAGCGUUGUCCGUCAUUGAUGUUGUCAAUGUCUGUUACCCGUCCUGCUCCGGUUUCCCCUAAUAAAACCCCGUUUUCCCCGUAUCCCGCUUGCCUGCCUGCUCCUUCCG